AUGCGUAAAGGAAAAUCAAAAUCGCCUUCGAGUUUCUUCUCGUUCCACAAGAAGUACCUGUUGACAGGCGUAACUAUAUUGUCGUUUAUUUUUAUGUUUCAAUAUAAAUAUCAUGAAGUAUUAACAGUAUACGAGGACAAAACGAAUAUUCAGCAGAGCAGUCGUUUAUUUUGGACUCGUUUAUUAUUUGGAAGGACACGUAGUAGGAUAACUGGGAAGAUAUUUAACAUUGAGAUACCUCAAUCGUAUAGAUUAUAUGUAUAUAAUUUUUUUAUAAAAUAUUUGAAUAUAAAUAAAGAAGAGAUAAAAUAUCCUAUAGAAUCUUAUAAAUCUUUGGGUGAUUUUUUUUCUAGAUAUAUAAGAGAAGAUACAAGACCUAUAGGAGAUUUAAAUGAGUAUUCUAUGGUUAGUCCAUGUGAUAGUGAAAUUAUAGAUUUUGGUGAGUUGACAUCUAAUUAUUUAGAUAAUGUGAAAGGUAUAAAAUUUAAUAUAAAAACCUUUUUAGGUUCUGAUUUGAUAAAAAAAUAUGAUGAUGAUACUACUACUUUUUAUUAUGCUAUAUUUUAUUUGAGUCCAAAAAAAUAUCAUCAUUUCCAUGCUCCUUUUAAUUUUAAAUAUAAAAUAAGAAGACAUAUAUCUGGAGAAGUGUUUCCUAUAUUCCAAGGGAUGUUUAAAAUAAUAAAUAAUCUUUUUGAUAUAAAUGAAAGAGUUAUUUUAUCAGGAGAAUGGAAAGGAGGACAUGUAUACUAUGCUGCUAUAAGUGCAUAUAAUGUUGGUAAUAUUAAAAUUGUUAAUGAUGAAGAAUUAUUAACAAAUAAUCUAAGAACACAAUUAAGUUAUAUGGGGGGAGAUAUUGAUACUAAAAUUCAUGAUCAUUAUAAAGACAUAGAAAUUGGUGAUGAAGUUGGUGAAUUUAAAGUAGGCUCUUCUAUAAUUGUUAUUUUUGAAAAUAAAAAAAAUUUUAAAUGGAACGUAAAACCGAAUCAGCAAAUAUCGGUAGGUCAAAGAAUUGGAGGUGUCGACCAACCAAAACGACCUCAAAAUAAGUUUAUCAAAAUAAAGAGUUAA